AUGCAAAGCCCAUCCUCCACGCCGCUUGCGGACAUCAUUUCUUCCCUUGCGGUCCUCCACCGCGAGCAACACCAGGCGCUGCUGGACCUGAGGACCGAUCAGGAGCGACGGUUCCAGGCCAUCGUCCAGGCCCAGCAGGAGGACCGCGAGAGGUUCCGGGGCUGGAUUGAUCGGGAGGUUCGCGCCGAGGCCGCCGGGGCGCCCGCCGCCCCCGUGCACCUGCCACUGCACAAGAUGGGGGCCCAGGAUGAUCCGGAGGCCUUCCUAGAGCUCUUCGAGAAGGCGGCUGAGGCCUGCGGGUGGCCCCGCGAGCAGUUGCCGGUGCGCCUCAUUCCACUGCUCUCCGGCGAGGCCCAGGUGGCCGCCCAACAACUUCCGGUGGCGAAUCUCCUGGUCUUCAACGACCUGAAGAGGGCCAUCAUCCAGCGGGUCGGCCGAUCGCCAGAACAACACCGCCAGCGCUUCCGCUCCCUGGACUUGGGCGAGGCCGGCCGGCCCUUCGCGAUGGCCCAACAGCUCCGGGACUCCUGCCGCAAGUGGCUACUGGCCGAGGGGAGCGACGUGGAGCAUGUCGUCGACCUGGUGGUGCUGGAGCAGUUCAUCACUCGCCUCCCCAAGAAGACGGCCGAGUGGGUCCAGUGCCACCGCCCCGCGUCGCUGGACUCGGCCAUCCACCUGGCGGAGGACCACAUGGUGGCGUGCCCAGGGGUCGGCACACCCCCGCCUACUAACUCUCUCUCCCCUUCUCUCUCUCCCCCUUCUCUCUCUCGCCCUGUCCCUCUCCCUAGGACCCGUCCACCUGGCCCUCCUCGUGUCCCGCCCCGGGGGCGGAGCGGGACUGACCAAGGCCGCUUCGCGAGUUCAAGGGCCCCGCCCAGGGGGGCGGGGCUUGGGGCUGCCGGAGGGGACAGUGCUUCCGUCUCUCCGCUCUCUCCACGCCAAUUCCCCUCUCCACUCCCUGCCAUUGGGGCGGCGGGUAGGUCUGGGCUGGCCUGUUGGCGUUGCGGGGACCCGGACCAUUUUGUGGACAGGUGUCCAGUGAUGGAGGUGGAGAUGAUGAUCCGGGUCCCGGACGACCCACAGGCUACCCCCGGUCAGGCUGGCGAGUACCAAAUUCCCUAAUUGGCGUGGAGAGGGUAUAAAACGCCAGGAGAGACGGAAGCAAGUGAGAGAGAGUCGGACUGCUGACGGGAACCGAAACCGGAAACCGGAAAGGAAAACGGAAAUAGCGCGUGAACGUGCCAGAAUAAAAGUCACCGUCUAGUGCUAGACUUUUGAGUUGUUUUGUUAUUAAAUAAAGAUACGUCAGCAGUC